UAAAGGAAAAACUAAAGCAGAUGUGUAAUAUUUAUUUUAGCAUUGCAGCUUAGUCAAAAGCUUAUUAAUUUAUAUCUGCCUCUAACACAAGAUGAUCAUCCCAGUUGUUAUAGCAACUGUCAUCCAAAUUAGUCUGUAAAAGAAAACUUGAGUAUUUAUUGUUUGUUUUUAGACAUUGUUCCAGAGUUAGUGUACAACUCCAGCUGUGAUCCAUGUGUAACAAAGACCAUAAUAACUUGGUAAAAUUGCUCUAAGUGUUAUUUUUACUUGCAGCUCUGUUACUGUCAAGAGUGUCAUCCCAAUCUGUGAAUUCAAUAGCAACUGGCAGCAUUGCAUCAAACUCUCUCAUUCAGGGUGAAGAUUGACCACAACAAAGGAUUACAGAAGACAGUUUUCUAAAUCUUUAGUGAAAAAAGGGGGAACUAUACUUCAAAAACUCCAAGCUAAACAACACCACUUAAGACUUCACUUCCAGACAGAAGCCAGGUCAAGGACCUAGCAGCAAUAGCCUGCUUUUUAAUUUACAUUUCAGUAUGUUGUUCGUGAAUACCCAGAGAAUUGUAUUAUAAUGCGCAAAUGGAUGCUAAAAUGGAUCCUGCCAACUCUGCUUUCCAGACUGUACUUUCACAUCAUUUUUCUAGUGGGCAGUGUGUCUUUAGCUUGCAAUGAUAUGACUCCAGAGCAACUGGCUGCAAAUCCGAACUGCUCCAGUCCUGAACGGCACACAAGAAGUUAUGACUAUAUGGAAGGAGGGGAUGUACGAGUGAGGAGACUUUUCUGUCGGACACACUGGUACCUGACAAUUGAUGAAAUGGGCAAGAUCGAAGGGACAGGCGAGCAAAACAACAGUUACAGUAUUCUGGAAAUAAGGACGGUCUCAGUUGGAAUUGUGGCAAUCAAAGGGGUAGAAAGUGAAUAUUUCCUGGCAAUGAACAAGUCUGGAAAAUUAUAUGGCAGGAAAACCUGCAAUGAGGACUGCAACUUUAAGGAACUGAUUCUAGAAAAUAAUUACAAUACAUAUUCCUCUGCAAAGUGGACUCAAAAGGGCAACGAAAUGUAUGUUUCCUUGUCAGUCAAAGGUGUAGCGAUGAAAGGCAAAAAGACAAAGAAGGAAAACAAAGCAACACAUUUCUUACCUAUGCCAAUAACCUAAUUCCACCAACACCAGAUUGCUACAGUAUACACUACAUGUUAAUUUCUAGCAACAAAAAAAUAAUUCUACGCAGUAACAAAUGCCUUUAUAAAGUAAGCGGGGAUAACUACUGAAAAGUGAACAAGCUGGACUUGCAUUUUGCGAAGAACUUUUUUUUUUUUUAAUGACUGUACAAAAAGUUAGGGAAGACAACACUUCAAUGUUUAGAAAAACUUUGAUCUUGAAAGUGGCAGAUAAAAAAAAAAAGUUGAACAGAUGAAAGUUGCUUUUUUGCCUAUUUAAGCUGCAUUUAUGACCUACUAUUCUGGCCAUUUUUUAUAUAUGUAAUUGGCUAGUGCCUUGAUUAGUUAUUUACAUGGCUGCUAAAGUUAUUCAAAGGGAAGUGAUAUAAAUGUUAUUUAAAUUAUAUACAAUUUUGAAGCUGCUGGAGUAACUAAUGUUGAAUCACAGUUCUAAAUAGAUGAACAGUACUUUAAGUUUUGGUUGACUGUCCCUUUACAUACAUUACUAAUAUAAAUAAAAAAAAGAAACAUUAGCUUAAAAUACAAGGCACUGUAUUGAUAAGAACUUUUUAUUUAAAGCAUUCCACUUUCUGUUGUGUUUUUGUUUUGUUUUAAUACCUUACCCCCCCCCCCUUCCUCCCCCUCCAAAAACAGUAUCUGUGCAUGUAUCAUUUAUAUAAACAGUGUGAUUUUUGUUAGACAUUUGCAUAAACAUUAUAGAUAGCUCAAAUGGAUGUCAUGACUAGAAAAAUUGGACUUGCAUUAUUAAAUAGGCCCAUAAUAAAAUCUCUCAUUAUCUUGUAGACUUGAUUUUAAUGGCUGUGCAUGACAACAUUAGCAUGCUAGUAAGUUUGGAAUUCAUUUAAAUAGUCCAUUUGCAUAGCUCCAUGAGAAUAGCAUACUAAAUGCAAACUUUCACGACAAAGGAAAGCUACACGCAAACCUAUUUAGUCAUGCUAUAUCUUACUUUCAGAUGUAACCUUAGCCACUACCGGAAAUGCAGUCUCAUACAGUUUACUUCAGAUACAAUGUUGUUUCUCAUUAUUAGGAACACUACAUUUUCCUUGAUGUUAACAAAACACUUAAUUUUUGUAUACCAUGCUUCUUCAUAAAACUCCAAACUUUAAAAAAAAAAACAUUAUAGUCUCUAUAGGCAAUAACAUUAGCAUUUGUUCAAGAUUGUGUUUGAACUUUAUUGUUGUAUGUUAUUUAAGUUGAUGUUAUUUAUAUAAAAUUCAUAUUAAGUUAUGUCUGUUUCAUAUGUUCUUAGUUUUUUUUUUUUUUAAAACAACAACAUUGUUUGGUCACAGAUAUAAUACAGAAGUCCUUAUAAGCAGGCAGGCACAGAAGCUUGUAAACAAUGCUCUUGCCAGUAAACACAGGAUGGCAGUCACAAAAUGACAGCCCACACAGAUUCUUACAGUAGAAGGCAAAUAAGGGACAUAAUAACAUGCCAUAUAUACAUUUUCACACUUUUCAAAAUACAAAUAAUAGUGUUUCAUAUAACAGUGCCAACAUAAAUCCCACUCAAGCUUGUCAAACCCACCCAUCAAAAUAUAUAUUUUUUGUAAAAUAAGCAUCAUCACCACUGGUAAACUAAAUAACAGUGCUGUAAAAUGUUAUUAUCUGAUGAUGCAAUUGUAAAAUUUUUGUUUAAAUAAGAAAUAAAAUAACUAAAUGCUGUUACAUCUAUGCAAAUUCCUUUG